GCACCUCGUCCUGCCCGCGAUGGUGGCGGGUUUGCGGGCCGGUUGGGGCUGGGACUGGGGGGGCGGGAGCGGCGGCCGCUGCUGGAGGACGGUGCCCGGCGCCUGGCUGUGCCUGACGGCGCUGCUCCUGCUGCUCCUGGGCUCCCCGCCGCGGGGCUCGCCGCUGGUGCACGGCCGCCGGCUCAUCUGCUGGCAGGCACUGCUGCAGUGUCAGGGGGAGCCCGACUGCAGCUACGCCUACAGCCAGUACGCGGAGGCGUGCGCGCCCGUCCUGCUACAACAGCUGCAGCAGCAGCAGCAGCAGCAGCAGCAGGGGGACGCCGCCGUCUCCUCUGCCUCUUCUUUCCCCUCCUUCUCCUCCCGCUGGCGGUGCCCCAGCCACUGCAUCUCGGCUCUGAUCCAGCUGAACCACACCAGGAGGGGCCCCGCCUUGGAGGACUGUGACUGCGCGCAGGACGAGAACUGCAAGUCGACCAAGCGCGCCAUCGAGCCGUGCAUGCCCCGGACGAGCGGCGGAGGGGCGCCCGGCGGCGGGGCGGCGGUGGGCGGCGGCGGGGCGGGCGGCGUCAUGGGCUGCACCGAGGCCCGGCGACGCUGCGACCGCGACGCCCGCUGCAACGUGGCCCUCAACCGCUACCUGGCCUACUGCGGCAAGCUGUUCAACGGGCUGCGCUGCACGGACGAGUGCCGGGCGGUGAUCGAGGACAUGCUGGCCGUGCCCAAGGCGGCACUGCUCAACGACUGCGUGUGCGACGGGCUGGAGCGGCCCAUCUGCGAGUCGGUCAAGGAGAACAUGGCCCGCCUGUGCUUCGGCGCCGAGCUGGGCACCGGCCCUGGCAGCAGCGGCUCCGACGGCGGGCUCGACGACUACUACGACGAGGACUACGAGGACGAGCCGCGGGCGGGCGGGGGCGGCCCGCUCUACGAAGAGGACGGGGGACCCCCUUACCACGGGCGGCCCGGGGCGGGGGCGGCGGCCGCGGGGGGCGGGGAGCGGCCCGAGCGCCACGGCGAGGGCGGCAGGGGGAACGGCGGCUCGGCGGCCGGGGUCGCCUGGACUCUGCUCGCCCCCAACCUGGUCCUACUUCUCUUCCGACCGCUCUGGUAGCCCCGGCGACAACCCCCCCCCCGCCCCCCCCGUCUCUUUCCCUGGCCAACCUUGGCGUGGGCAGUGAUGCUUGGUAACUCCGGGUGGGGAAGGGUAGGCAGGCGUCCCCCUUGCCCCUCUCCCCCUCUUUCUUUGGUGAAAUAGGUGGGAAUUGGGCCCCAGGUGCCACAGCCUCGCCUGGCCCUAAAUCUAACCCCUCUUAUCUGCGCCCCUGUCCCAACUGUCAACAUCUUGGCACCAACUUGUAGACACCCCCGACCCAAGCCAUUGGCAGGGGUGGGGGCGAGUUGGAGCUGCUCAGAACCCCCACCCCUCCCUCUAAAACUCCUCCCCGGAUAGACCUGUUAUUGGCCACACGUUGGGCAUCUCCCUGCCACAGGCAAGUGUCCAUCGUUGCUUGUAAGGUUUGAGCCCCGGAGGAGGAAGGAAGUGGAGUGUCUGAGUCGUGCUGAUCAGCCAGUCAGGCCCCAUUCAUCUGGCCAUCCAGUUAUCUCUAGACCGUAAGCUCACACUGGGCAGGGAAUGUGUCUACCAAUUCACUUAUAUUGUCCUCUCCCAAGCACUUAGAACAGUGCACACAGCAAGCACUCAAUAAAUACCACUGAUUGACCGAUUCAUCCAUCCAUCCAUCCAUCCUUCCAUCCAUUCUAGUUAUCGGUGCCCGCUGACCCCUGGAGGAGGAUCAGGAUUUGAUUGCACUCGAUUCCCAGGGGGCGAUAUGAUGGUUUGGCAGUGCUCCCUUCACCCCUAACUUCAUCCCUCCCACGAAAGUUUGAGCAAAUGGGCUUUUCCCCCUUUCCUCCACCCCCCAUACCCCAGCAAAGACGAAAAUGCUGAUCUUCCAGAGUUGUUUGAUAUUGAACAAUGCAACUUUUGUUUUAAAAGAGCUCUGCACUGCCGUCUUCAAAAGACACGUUUUGUGGUGUUUGGAUUUUUUCUUUUUUUUUUUAAUCGAGACUUGUAUGUACAAAUAUCCUGAGAAGUUCUAUUGCCUCUAGUUUAUAUCAGGGUGCUGAACUCUGGUAAAUCUUAUAUAAAAUGUAUUUAAAACUGGGAUUUGUUACCAGUCGCUGUACUUUGUACAUAGAAUUUUUAUAAAUUGUAUUCUUUGGGAAUAAUUUAUUUUUUAAAAAUUAAAGGUUUUAAAUUUACAUCCAUGAUACACCUUUCCCAGAAUAUGUACAGAUCUCAUCUAUCAAGAGAUUCGAGCUCUAGAACAGCCAGUGUACAGUGUAUUUUAUAGAUUUGGAGUUACCUUUCUGAUUUUGAAGAGGUUUUAUGGACGUUGUAGAAUUGUAUAAAUGCAUUUCCAAGCUGCCUUACAUAUUGUAUUUUUAUAGAAGGCAUAAAAGUCUUUAUGUUUUAAAUAA